AAAUUUAAAUAGUCUGAGUUGUGUAAAUCUAUACAAAUUAUAAAAUAACAGUCGAAUUUUGCUCUAGAUGCAAAUGUGAUCGACGCCAAACAUAGAUUUGAUGAGAUCUAUGUCCUCACUCUCGGUCAUUCAGCCAGUUGCCACCUCCGGUUCCAGCUCCGCAAGUGCAAGAAACUCAAUCUCUCGCUCCUUCUCGCUCUGCUCCUAAACUCCACUGGUCUUCCGUACCAUCGCCACCGGCAGCCACUUUUACUACCGCCAACCUUCUUCCGGCCAGCGGAGUAUUGGUGUUUCGAGGAGGAGUUGAAGGACGGAGGGCAAUUGUGCUUCGAUUACGAAAUCCACCUCUUACAGUCUCCCGAACUCAGAAUCCGGUCAAUCACAGUCUCUCCGCAACAAAUCCCUUGGCCUCGAUUUAUAUUCUUCCCCUUCACCGGCAUUGCGUCGCUACUUUCCACUGCAUUCAAUUCGUCCUCUUUUCCGUCCGACUCAUCUAUUAUCUCGUCAGUUGGAAAUCAAGCAAUGAGCAAUUUUAGAGAGUAAUAAUUAUGGAUGAAGAAGCUCAACGGUCGGUAUCCUCUCGGUUGAACCAUAGAGGAGAUCAGAUUAAUCAAAACCUGUAUUCCAAAGUUAUGCUGUGGUGGUGGCGGCGGUGCAGAUUCUGAAGAGGGUUUCUCCCAUCCAGGGAGGUCAUCCCAAGAUUAUCCCAUGAAGAUUGUUUGGAAGAAGGGGUUUAUUCGAUUGGUUCUUGUGGCAGGCAUCUUGUGGAUGUUUCUAAUUCUCAUUGCAUUGUUGUUCCAUGUAUGGUCUUGCCAAUCUUCAGUUUCUUUCUUUUCAGCUAUAUGUAAUAAAGAUAGCAAAGUGUUCACAGUUUUAAACAAUAUGGGCAUUGUUCCAGAACCUCUGAAUCUCCAACACCGCUGUCCAAUUCCCCUUUCCAAUGACCCUGAUAAAAUAGUGAUUCCAAAGGGAAGAACUCCUGACGACAUUGUCAAAGAUUUGUCAUAUGUCACGGAUGAUGAGCUUUGGAAUAAUGGAUUUCAGAGAUCGCCACUUUUUGGAGGACAUCAAAACUGGUCGCAGAGAGAGGAGAGUUUUAAACUAAAAUCAACCAUGAAGGUGCACUGUGGAUUUGUUCGCAAUAGUGGUGCUGAAAUGGCUCCUUCAGACAUUAAGUAUGUCAAGAAGUGUAGGUUUGUGGUCACAUCUGGCAUUUUUGAUGGAUACGAUAUACCUCAACAGCCUUCAAAUAUAAGCCUUCGUUCUAAGAAGCUCUUUUGUUUUCUUAUGGUUGUGGAUGAGAUCUCCCUAACAUUCAUAAUGCAAAAUGUUACUGUCAAAGAAGAUGGUCAUGGGGGGAAAUGGGUGGGUAUCUGGCGUCUUGUCUUACUGAAGUAUCCACCUUAUGAUGAGCCCAGAAGGAAUGGGAAAAUCCCAAAAAUUUUACUCCAUAGAUUGUUCCCUCAAGCUCAGUACAGCAUUUGGAUUGAUGGUAAAAUGGAACUGAUUGUUGAUCCAUUGUUAAUACUGGAAAGGUAUUUAUGGCGUGGGAAGUAUACAUUUGCCAUUGCUCAGCACAAGCAUCACCAUAGUAUAUAUGAGGAAGCUGAUGCAAACAAGCGGAGAAAGCGAUAUGCCCGACCUCUUAUUGAUCUUCACAUGAAAAUUUACCGCUACGAAGGAAUGGAGUCAUGGAAGCCAGGGGGAAAAACAAUUAGUGAUGUGCCGGAGGGAGCCAUUAUCAUACGGGAGCAUACUGCAAUGAGUAACUUGUUUAGCUGUUUGUGGUUCAAUGAGGUCGACCUCUUCACACCAAGGGACCAACUGAGCUUUGGCUACGUUGUAUAUAGGUUAGGGGGUUUGUUCAAGUUCUAUAUGUUUCCAAAUUGUGAGUACAACUCUCUGUUUGUGCUGCACCCGCACACAAGGGAGCAUUCUUCAGCUGUGGAAUGGGUGAAGAAUAUCACCGAGCUUGAUGGUAAAGGUAGCAGAAUGAAAGAAAGUAGGGGAGGAUUAGGCUUGUGGACUCCUUAUCCUGGGAACCUCGAUUCAGUUGUUCUGCCACCCGUAGCAAGAACAUCAAAAGCAGGCUGAAGUUCAAUUCAAUCCAAUCGGCCAGCUUCUACCAUGAUUUCUUGAUAAUUUAGUUCACUAUCUCUUAGCUGCUUUUUGAAAAAAGAAUGUUGACACCCUAGAAAGAGUAAAGCUAUUCAUCAUCCUUUCAUCAUCAUUUUAUGACGUGGUAUUAGAUGAUUAGAGAUUAUGUAUUAUAUUUUAUUUAUGAACCUAUCAUUUAAUACCACAUUAUAGGAUGAUAAGAAAAUGAUGAGAAAAUGAAUGAUGAAUAAAUUUUUUCCUAGAAGAUAUUUAUGCAAAGUAAAUAUCCACCCACGCCUGGGAGGUUGGGGGUUGUGGUUUUGAUUAAUUUUGUAGGAUGCUACUAGGAAGUCAACUGAAAUGGCAACCACUUUAAUACCAACACACCAAUAAUACGAGUCCUAGAAUUUAUUUUUUAUUUUAAUCUUUUGCAUCAAUACUGGUUAAAUAACAAUUCUACUUGAAUUCAAGAUCCAGAAUGAGAUAGGGUUUUGAAGUGGAGAGGAGGGAAAUGGAAUUGUUCCAAGCUGUCGUCAGAUGGCAAAGUUGUGUGCAGUGUAUGUGGUGGACACUUCAAUGGAAGUAAGUGCAUAUUAUAUUAUCUGAUUAUAGUUUAUUUGCAAUAUGAUAAACAUUUUGAGGCA